ACCGUGCACGACGAUCUUUACCAUUUAGAGGAGUACUUUAAUACUAGAUCCAGAAGACUCGAUAUGAUGGAAGAAGCAAUGAUUUCCAACGGUCUACUGAUACGGAUCACCAUCUCUGUGCUGCUCUCAGCUCUGCUCUCCCUGUAUGGUCUGAGGAAGGGAUCUCUGAGCCUCUCUGGUGGAGUGGCAGCCUUUGCAGUGGGCUUCAUACACACUAUGUCCAGUGGGUGCUUCUGUGCUGCCUUACUAACCUUCUUCCUGACUUCGUCUCGUCUCACCAAAUGGAGGGGCCAAGAGAAGAGGAGGAUCGAGGCAGACUACAAGGAAGGAGGUCAGAGGGACUGGGUACAAGUGCACUCCAAUGGGACUGUGGCAUGUGUGGCUGCCCUGCUCUAUUGUCGAGUGGCCGGAUUUCGUGAGACCCCACUAUCACCUGACACACUCACUCUCUUCUCCCUUGCCUGUCUGUCUGCACUCUCCUGUUGCUGUGGAGACACCUGGGCCUCAGAGGUCGGCUCGGUAUUGGGGGGAGCCCCCAGACUCAUAACGACAGGGGCAAGAGUACCAAAAGGGACGAAUGGAGGAGUCACUCUCGUUGGGUUGCUAUGCAGUUUUGCUGGUGGUGUGAUCGUUGGACUGGCUUAUUUUAUAGCGUUGGUUUGUUUUGUGAAUUUCUCCGAGUACUCGGUCACCAUUUCCUCGCAAGCUCUGGUGAUUUUGAUUGGUGGCUUUGCUGGUCUGCUAGGAUCAAUUAUCGAUUCUGUGUUGGGAGCCACUGUUCAGUUUUCUGGCUAUUCUGAGAAAUUGGGACGAGUGGUGAAUGAAGAGUCUUCGGGAGUCAAACACAUCUCAGGAAUAAACAUUUUAGAUAAUCAUCAAGUGAACUUUGUGUCUUCAUUGUUGACAGCUGUUAUUGUUCCACUGUUGUGGUCGCUGUUGUGCAAUCAUGUCAUCGAAGAUUUUUAAUUAUUGUAUUAAAAUACAA